AUGUUAGCUCCCCCUGGAUCUGGUGGAACACGAAAGGCUUAUGGCGGUAAUCGUCGAAAGACCCAAGCAUUGUCGCCAGACGAGCUAUUGCGACAAAUUGGUCGCAAUCCUCCCAACAAACGAUGUGCCGAUUGCGAUGCCAAACUUCCACAAUGUGUGAACUUGACGCAUCUGACAUUCAUUUGCAUGUCUUGUGCUGGUGUUCACCGCGAGCUCAAUAGCCGAAUCAAGGGUUUAGGCCACUCUUCAUUUACUGAAGAGGAAGCGCAAAAGAUGAAGGAAACCGACAAUGACAAGGUCAAUCGCAUUUGGUUGGCACGUUACGAUCCUGCCCGUGAUAGAAUGAAGGCUCCUCGAGGAAACCAAGAUCAGCAACACCUGCGUGCUUGGAUUCGUAAAAAGUAUCUAUCGAAAGCCUGGUAUGGAGGCAGUGGUGGUGGAGGCGGAGCACCUCCUCAAAGAGGUCCACCACAAGCUACCGUGGCACAAAUGCCUCCUGCGAACCAGGCUGCGACCCCAGAUCUUCUAGGAGGUUUUGGUGCUCCUGCCCCGGCUCCAGCCCCACAGCAACCAGCAAAUAAUUCUUGGGAUGCCUUUGGGGGGUCGAAUCAGCAACACCAGCAACCACCGCAACAGCAAAACAACUUUGCCAACUUUGGUGGAUCUCCUGCCAAGGCUCCACCAAACGACCCAUUCGCGAGUGGUCCGCCGGUACAGCCGCCAAACAAUGGUGGGUGGGAUGCUUUUGGUGGAUCGAAUCAGCAGCAGCAGCAGCAAACACCGCAACAGCAAGGCAACUUUGCCAACUUUAAUUCACCAUCCAAUGCAGCCAACCAACCUCCAAAUGAUCCUUUUGCGACUGCACCAGCUCCUCCUCAGCAGCAACAACAAAACUUUGCUAACUUUGGUGGUGGUCAACCUCAACCUGCUGCUCAGGCUCCACCACAGCAGAACUUUGGUCAACCGCAACAACUUCCUCCGCAACAACAACAAUUUGGAAACUUUGGCGGACAACAACAACCUCCCCAACCACAGCAGAUGCAACAACAACCACCUCAACCACAGCAGGUGCAACAGCAGCCACCACCACAACAGCAAUUUGGAAACUUUGGGGGCCAGUCUCCUCAACAGCAGCAGCAAUUUGGAAACUUUGGUGGACAGCAACAACCUCCACCACAACAGCAAAUGCAACAGCCUAGUGUUGGGCAGCAGCAGCCGAACCCACAAAUGGUUCAACAGCAGGCUCCGAACCAAAUACCUACGAACAUGACCAUGGGACAGCCGCAGCAGCAAGCUCUACCCCAAAACCCGAAUCAGUUUGGAGGCAUGAACCCACAGCAGCUUAAUCAGCCUGGUGCUCAAAUGACCGGAGGCAUGCCCCAGAUGCAAGCAACGGCUCCGCAGACCAUAGCCAAUCCUACAAUGCAGCAGCCUCCAGCUCCACAAGGAUCCAUGAUGGGCGCUCCAUCUGGUGAUCGAAUGGAUGCCUUUAAUAGUUUGAGUAUUGGUGGUGGUGGUGGUGGUGAUGCACAAAGCACAAUAUCCGAGCUGUCCGGUGCAGCAAAAUCACAGGCUGUGGGUAAUGAUAGUGAUGAUAAGGACAAAAAGUAUGAGACAGGGCAAGUGCUUUGCUACAAGAGCAACGGAACCUUCUCGCUAGCAAGAAUCGAGAAGGUUCAUCUAGAUGAUGAGCUCAAACCAUACUACACGAUCGUGCGUGACUUUGGAAAAGAGAAACAAACGGAUAAUGCGCAUUUGCAAGAGAUCUCCGCCGGUUUUGAAAACGUGCUUCAGAGUAUUCUUCAACUAUCCGAAGAAGACAUGGCGAAGACUGUCCAGUUCUUAUCUACUAUGCAAAGCGUGCAAUCAAAAGCUCCAGCUCCAGCAGGCCAAUCGCAACCGUUGUCAGCUCCGACCAACGGUCCAGCACCCAACAUGGGCCAAGCUCCGAGUCCCAUGAUGCCUACAGGACAACCACAGAUGGGUCAACAGCAAGCAAUGCCAAACAUAUCCAUGCAUACAGCACCAGCACACAACAUGGCAACCCAAGCCAUGCCCUCGAUACAGCAGCAGAAUCCUCAGCAGCCUAGUUUGAGUGGAAUCCCGAGUCCGCAACCAAAGCAGCAAAGUCUGGGUGGCGUCCCCAGCCCUCAACCAAAACAGCCUGGUCUGGGCGGAAUCCCAAGUCCUCAGCCUCAACAGAUGGGCAAUCAAGCUGUAGCCCCAAGUCCUUCUCCACAGCAAUUGGCCAACCAGAUCCCAGGUCCUCCGCUAGGAAAUCAGGCUGGCAUGGGAACCCCGAAUCGGCCGCGAUUGCCUCCAAAUCAAAUGGGACAAACAGGUCAGCCAGGAAUGCCAGGUCAGAAUAUGCCUCAACAAAAUGGUGGGCAGAUGGGCCUUGCGCCGCAGAUGACUAUGGGACAACCGCAACAGCAAAUGCAGCAGCCACAAAUGCAACAACAGAUGCCAAACCAACAAAUGCGGCAACAAAUGCCAAACCAGCAACUGGGACAACAGCAAAUGAUGCCGAACCAGCAAAUGCAGCAACCACAAAUGCAACAGCCACAAAUGGGACAACAGCAAAUGAGGCCAAACCAGCAAAUGGGGCAGCAACAAAUGAUGCCGAACCAACAAAUGCAACAGCCACAAAUGGGGCAGCAGCAAAUGAUGCCGAACCAACAGAUGGCUCCAAAUGCUCAACGUGCACCACAAAUGCAAGCUGGAGCUCAAGGAGGGCAGCCGCAACAAGGCAACCCUUUUGACCUUUACUAA